AUGACCUGGCUGUCAGGAAAAGGCUUCACCUGCAAGAGGGAUGAUGAUCGGAUUGUGUAUUGGGCUGUCAUGACAAUAUAUCACCAUUUUCCAUAUGACCCCAUGAUCCUAUGUGCUAGCUCCGUCUUGCCCUCUUUUGGGAUCUGCCGGUUCCUCUGUGUCCCACAGUGUGAGAAGCAGCAGACCACGUCAGUGACUCCUCUCCCUGGCUUCCAAGUUAAAGCUUUCACAUCCCUGCGCUUCCGGUCAGAACCUUCCGAUGCCGUCACAAUGCGGGGAGGAAACGUCCUCCUGAAUUGCUCUGCUGAGUCGGACCGUGGAGUCCCAGUUAUCAAGUGGAAGAAAGAUGGCAUCCACCUAGCCUUGGGACUGGAUGAAAGGAAGCAGCAACUUCCAAAUGGGUCUCUGUUGAUACAAAACAUACUUCAUUCCAGACACCAUAAACCAGAUGAGGGACUUUACCAGUGUGAGGCGUCUUUAGGAGACUCCGGGUCAAUUAUUAGCCGGACGGCAAAAGUUGCAGUAGCAGGACCACUGAGGUUCCUUUCCCAGACAGAAUCUGUCACAGCCUUCAUGGGAGACACAGUGCUACUCAAGUGUGAAGUCAUUGGGGAGCCCAUGCCAACAAUACACUGGCAAAAGAACCAACAAGACCUGACUCCAACCCCAGGAGACUCCCGGGUAGUGGUCUUGCCCUCUGGAGCAUUGCAGAUCAGCAGACUUCAACCUGGGGACAUUGGAAUUUAUCGAUGCUCAGCUCGGAAUCCAGCCAGCUCAAGAACAGGAAAUGAAGCAGAAGUCAGAAUUUUAUCAGAUCCAGGACUGCAUAGGCAACUGUAUUUUCUGCAAAGACCAUCCAAUGUAGUAGCCAUUGAAGGAAAAGAUGCGGUGCUGGAGUGCUGUGUUUCUGGCUAUCCUCCACCAAGUUUUACCUGGUUACGAGGCGAGGAAGUCAUCCAUCUCAGGUCUAGAAAGUAUUCUUUAUUGGGUGGAAGCAACUUGCUUAUCUCCAACGUGACAGAUGAUGACAGUGGAACUUACACCUGUGUUGUUACAUAUAAAAAUGAGAAUAUUAGUGCCUCUGCAGAGCUCACAGUCUUGGUUCCGCCAUGGUUUUUAAAUCACCCUUCCAACCUUUAUGCCUAUGAAAGCAUGGAUAUUGAGUUUGAAUGUGCAGUCUCUGGAAAGCCUGUGCCCACUGUGAAUUGGAUGAAGAAUGGAGAUGUGGUCAUCCCUAGUGAUUAUUUUCAGAUAGUGGGAGAAAGCAACUUACGGAUCCUUGGGGUGGUGAAGUCGGAUGAAGGCUUUUAUCAAUGUGUGGCUGAAAAUGAGGCUGGAAACGUCCAGACCAGUGCACAGCUCAUUGUCCCUAAACCUGCUAUCCCCAGCUCCAAUAUCCUCCCUUCUGCUCCCAGAGAUGUGGUCCCAGUCUUGGUUUCCAGUCGGUUUGUCCGUCUCAGCUGGCGCCCACCUGCAGAAGCAAAAGGAAGCAUUCAAACCUUCACGGUCUUUUUCUCCAGAGAAGGUGACAACAGGGAACGAGCAUUGAAUGCAACCCAGCCUGGGUCCCUUCAGCUUACUGUGGGAAACCUGAAGCCAGAAGCCAUGUACACCUUCCGAGUUGUGGCCUACAAUGAAUGGGGACCAGGGGAGAGUUCUCAACCCAUCAAGGUGGCCACUCAGCCUGAGUUGCAAGUUCCAGGGCCAGUAGAAAACCUGCAAGCUGUAUCUACCUCACCUACCUCAAUUCUUAUUACCUGGGAACCUCCUGCCUAUGCAAAUGGUCCAGUCCAAGGUUACAGAUUGUUCUGCACUGAGGUGUCCACAGGAAAAGAACAGAAUAUAGAGCUUGAUGGACUAUCUUAUAAACUGGAAGGCCUGAAAAAAUUCACGGAGUAUACUCUUCGAUUCUUAGCUUAUAAUCGCUAUGGGCCAGGAGUAUCUACUGAUGAUAUAACAGUGGUUACACUUUCUGAUGUGCCAAGUGCCCCGCCUCAGAAUGUCUCCCUGGAAGUGGUUAAUUCACGGAGUAUCAAAGUAAGCUGGCUGCCUCCUCCAUCAGGAACUCAAAAUGGAUUUAUCACUGGCUAUAAAAUUCGACACCGAAAGACAACCCGCAGGGGUGAGAUGGAAACCCUGGAGCCAAACAACCUGUGGUACCUGUUCACAGGCCUGGAGAAAGGAAGUCAGUACAGUUUCCAAGUGUCAGCCAUGACAGUCAACGGUACUGGACCACCUUCCAACUGGUAUACAGUGGAGACCCCAGAGAAUGAUCUAGAUGAGUCUCAAGUUCCUGAUCAGCCAAGCUCUCUUCAUGUGAGGCCCCAGACCAACUGCAUCAUCAUGAGUUGGACGCCUCCCUUGAACCCAAACAUUGUGGUGCGAGGUUACAUUAUUGGUUAUGGUGUUGGGAGCCCUUAUGCUGAGACAGUGCGUGUGGACAGUAAGCAGCGAUAUUAUUCCAUUGAGAAGUUAGAGUCAAGUUCCCAUUAUGUAAUCUCCCUAAAAGCUUUUAACAAUGCAGGAGAAGGUGUGCCUCUUUAUGAAAGUGCCACAACUAGAUCUAUAACAGAUCCCACUGACCCAGUUGAUUAUUAUCCUUUGCUUGAUGAUUUCCCCACCUCGGUCCCAGAUCUCUCCACCCCCAUGCUCCCACCAGUAGGUGUACAGGCCGUGGCUGUUACUCACGAUGCCGUGAGGGUCAGCUGGGCAGACAACUCUGUCCCUAAGAACCAAAAAACGUCCGAGGUGAGACUUUACACUGUGCGGUGGAGGACGAGCUUUUCUGCGAGUGCGAAAUACAAGUCAGAAGACACAACAUCUCUAAGUUACACAGCAACAGGCCUCAAACCAAACACAAUGUAUGAGUUCUCGGUCAUGGUAACAAAAAAUAGAAGGUCAAGCACAUGGAGCAUGACUGCACAUGCCACCACAUAUGAAGCAGCCCCGACCUCUGCUCCCAAAGAUCUGACAGUCAUUACUCGGGAAGGGAAGCCUCGUGCUGUCAUAGUGAGCUGGCAGCCUCCCUUGGAAGCCAAUGGGAAAAUCACUGCUUACAUCUUGUUUUAUACCUUGGACAAGAACAUACCAAUUGAUGACUGGAUUAUGGAAACAAUCAGUGGCGAUCGGCUUACUCAUCAAAUCAUGGAUCUCAACCUUGACACUAUGUAUUACUUUCGAAUUCAAGCACGAAAUGCAAAAGGAGUGGGGCCGCUCUCUGAUCCCAUCCUCUUCAGGACUCUAAAAGUGGAACACCCUGACAAAAUGGCUAAUGACCAAGGUCGUCACGGAGAUGGAGGUUAUUGGCCAGUUGAUACUAACUUGAUUGAUAGAAGCACUCUCAAUGAGCCACCGAUCGGACAGAUACACCCCCCACAUGGCAGUGUCACCCCUCAGAAGAACAGCAACCUGCUUGUGAUCAUUGUGAUCACCGUUGGCGUCAUCACAGUGCUGGUCGUGGUGAUCGUGGCUGUGAUUUGCACCCGGCGCUCUUCAGCUCAGCAGAGAAAGAAAAGGGCCACCCACAGUGUUGGCAAAAGGAAGGGCAGCCAGAAGGACCUCCGACCCCCUGAUCUGUGGAUCCAUCAUGAAGAAAUGGAGAUGAAAAAUAUUGAGAAGCCGUCAGGCACUGACCCUACAGGAAGGGACUCCCCCAUCCAAAGUUGCCAGGAACUCACACCAGUCAGCCACAGCCAGUCAGAAACUCAACUGGGGAGCAAAAGCACCUCUCAUUCAGGUCAAGACACUGAGGAAGCAGGGAGCUCCAUGUCCACUCUGGAGAGGUCACUAGCUGCACGCCGAGCCACCCGGGCCAAGCUCAUGAUCCCCAUGGAUGCCCAGUCCAACAAUCCUGCUGUCGUGAGUGCCAUCCCUGUGCCAACCCUAGAAAGUGCCCAGUACCCGGGAAUCCUCCCCUCUCCCACCUGUGGAUACCCUCACCCGCAGUUCACUCUCCGGCCUGUGCCAUUCCCAACGCUGUCAGUCGACCGAGGCUUCGGAGCAGGAAGAAGUCAGUCAGUGAGUGAAGGACCAACCACGCAACAACCACCCAUGUUGCCCCCAGCUCAGCCUGAGCAUCCCAGCAGUGAAGAGGCACCAAGCAGGACCAUCCCCACCGCCUGUGUUCGACCUACUCAUCCACUCCGCAGCUUUGCUAACCCAUUGCUACCUCCACCGAUGAGUGCAAUAGAACCGAAAGUCCCUUACACACCGCUUUUGUCUCAGCCAGGGCCUACUCUUCCCAAGACUCAUGUUAAAACAGCCUCUCUUGGAUUGGCUGGAAAAGCAAGAUCCCCUUUGCUUCCUGUGUCUGUGCCAACAGCCCCCGAAGUGUCUGAGGAGAGCCACAAACCAACAGAGGAUCCAGCCAAUGUAUAUGAACAGGAUGAUUUGAGUGAGCAAAUGGCAAGUUUGGAAGGGCUAAUGAAGCAACUUAACGCCAUCACGGGAUCAGCCUUUUAA